CCAUAGCGAGGAUUAUCUGUGGAGCAUAGGGUGCAACGUGUCAUCUACGAAUGACAUGGUUGUUCAUUUCCCUGGUGCACCGCAGCUACUCUUUGCUCAAGCUAAUUACUAUUGCAGAGUAAACCAAUGGUCUCUAACGAAUUGAGAUGAUGAAUGUGGUAAUUCCACGGGAUUUCCAUUAUAAUCUCCCAUCUUGUUCAGUUCUUCGGAAGAUUCAGCCACUCUGCGCCGUAAAAAAGACAUCAUUGAGAUCAAAGGCCAUGACUUCACCUUCUAUUGCUCAGGAUGAAGACGUCUCUUCUCAAGCUAUAAUUUUAGAACCUGUUCGAGAAGAUGGCAUUGAUGUCCUAUUGCUUUUCUUCCCUGGAGGACUUACUCCCACUCAAGCAUACUUUCCUCUAAUCAACACUAUACAAAAAAAAUCUAGUUUCCGUUUGUGGGCAACAAUUCUUGAUCCUGGGAAAAGUCCAAUUAAUUUGCCUAUGAUUGAAGCUAGCUUUGAUGGGAUGAUAACAAGGACAAAAGAACUUGGAUUUGAAUCUGGAGAACUAUCUAUAAGUAGAAUAUUUGUGGCAGGGCACAGUGUGGGUGCAUGGUGCUCCAGAAGUAUUUCAAUGAAGAAAUCUGAGGGAUUUAUACAGAUGGGUAGUUUCUUUCACACCAACCCAGACAAUCUGGCACAGUAUCCAAAACCUGUUCUUAGCCUGGGUGGUGGGCUUGAUGGCCAACUCAGAGUAGCUGGCAUAGCAAAGCAUGCAGGUGAGAUACUUUCACUUGAACCAGAAAUGGGGUAUCUUAAUACAAAUGCAACCAAACCUGUUAUUAUCUUUCCUGGAAUGAAUCAUGCACAAUUUAGUCAUGGAAUCCCGAACAAAGAAAGGGGUGAUAUUGAUGCUCAUAUUUCACUUGAAGAUGCUAGAGCUCAGACAGCAGAAUGUAUCGUAUCCUUUCUUACACUGCAUGUUAAAGCUGAGGAUGAAACAAAGCAACUGGCUCUUGAAAAUCUAAGUAAAUGUGUAAAGAGAACACAUGUACUGUAUAAGACAUUCUGGGAAGCAGUAGAAAAUCAGGAAAGGCAAGCUAAAUAUUGGCAGCUUCAAGUUGCAGGUUUAGAAGAGCUCAAAGAAGAGAAUGUAGUUGUGAUCAAACAUGAUUACAUGGAUAAUUUUGUGUACUCCAAACCAUGGAUUGAUGCAAAAGAAAAACGCAUAUUUGUGCAAUUAUACUCUUCUCCUGCUGAUAAAUUUGGCAUUGUCAAGAACAUAUGGAUCAAAAUGAAGAGUUCUGAUGCUAUUCAUCAAUUACUUGGGAAGUCUGCUAAGAAAUCAAAAAUUGUACGUGCUGCAGAUAUUAAUGCUGAGACAUUCCAUGAGGCACUAUCAUUAACACCAGAGGUGUCCCGGAGAAAAUUUUAUGAAUCUGGAAAGAAAUUAAGGUUCAUAGAGGACUGUAUUGUGAUGACAUCGGGACAAGAUUGGGUUGAUAGUGAUGUUACCAUGAAGCCUGCAGAAGAUGGUUCAGACAUUGUAGAUGUGCAAUCAACUGUGAUUAUUACUCCUGUCCAAGGUAUCGCUUCUCGAUUUGCUGGAAUGCAUUACAUGAAGCUUCUGUCUGUAGCAAGGUGUAUGGAGUGGAUUCUGCUGGAUUCAUUCAGAUAGUUCUACUUUAACCAUCUCAAUAUUGUUCAUGGUAGCAUCAAGCCACUGUGAGAAGUAUUGGUAGUGUUGUCACUUGUAGAAGCAUCACUUUUGUGGAAACUAAACGUAAAGAACUCCUUUUGGCCAAACCAUCCUAAUGAAAAUGUUUUGUUAUUUGAGGCUUUUGACAGGUGAGUUAUUUCUGUGUUUCCAUAUAUGAUGAUGAUUAUCCUAUAAUUUAUUGGCUUGUUUUAUUGUGCUGA